ACAUUUAGGCUGCCAGUCCACCGGAGCGGAGUGAAGCAGCGGAGCCGAAAAACUGACUAAUACGGAGUGGAGUUGCGUACUGUGUUUGUCCACCGGAGUGGAGCGAGGCUGCGGAGCGAAGUGAGAGAGUAAUACGGAGCGGAGUUGCUGUGUUUUUACUGUGUUGCGACGAGUGAUUUCGAGCUCCGCCCCGUUUCCCCGCUCCGCUUACUGGUUUUAUAUGAAUUUUUAAACUAUCUCACAACCUUAAGAGGAGCGUAGAUUUUGUGCAAUUCCAUUGGUUAAUAUUUCUCUGUCUCUCGGCUCCGCUGGCUCGCUCCGCUACGGUGGACUGGCAGCCUUAGACUUGUGUAGCCUAAAGUUGACUCUCAGAGACAUUUACCUACCUACGUGUGUUUUGCAACCCGAAAAAUAUAUCUUUCACCUACUUCCAUCCAGCCACCAUAGAUUGCACUUAUUGUAAUUACCUUAUAUAGCUAUACGUGUGUAUAUGGCUGGGUAAAGGAAGUCAUCAUUUUGUGCAAUUGGUAACAGACGACCUAGAAGGACAGGUCAACGACGAGACAAUGCCGACAUUGUUGAGUUAAUUGUCAAUAAUACUUAUGGCAUUAGCCUAAAUAUUUCGAAUAAAGUCAAUAGAUGAAGUGAUUACUACUAGAUUUGUAAACGAUGGCGCUGUUUAAGAGGUAGGUAUCCUAAUUUAAGUGAGGUCAGGCGCGAGAAUGAAUAGAAAUAGCAAAAACCGUAUCGCAAAGUUCUGCUAAAUUUAGAUGGGCGGCCAGUGUUCGGCGUGCCGCUCCACUCGAGACGCGCGCGACCUCGAAUGUACGGCGCGCGAGUUGACAAUACAUGCCUGAAACUAUACAAUUUACUUAGAUUUACUACAGAAUUAAAAAAAUGGAGCUUUAUGUUACGAUCAAGUGAUUGAAAAUAACAGCUUUCGGCCACUAUGGUGUACGGUUUGACGUGAACUAGUUGUGGAUUGCGACCCUUGCAGUUUACUCAUCGUUACGACAGUCCGGGUAAUGAACGGCGACGUGCAGGGAGAGGCGCCGCGCCCUCGCCCACUCUCUGCAGGGAUUUGGACGCUCUUUUCAUGGUUGCGACGUACAGACCGAUCUUCUUCAAGCGAGAGCGUCUCUAGUGUAGGAUCAGACCGCACUGUCGCCAGUUUCGACUUCUUAGCGCCGCUUAACUAUAAAAACACCAACACGCCUCUUGUGCUCCCUUCGUGUCCUUUAACAGAUACUUAUAAACAAAGAUUGCACGAGCGUAACUUGCGAAGACAACACGACCGUGACAUUACUUUACGUCGAAAAUACGGACUUUUCAGGGAGGAAGGAUUGGGAUACGACGCUUUCAGUCUGCCAGCAGCACGUAGGAUACAGAAAGAUACUGUUUUAAGGCAAGACAGGGGGCGACGCGCAACGAGUGAGAGUACUCGCCGAUCUGCAUACGUCCCUGGAAAACGUCGUGCUCCAUUACCACCUACAGUCGUUAUUUCUGCUACUUUACCUAGAACCUAUAAAAGAAAGAGACCUGCACCAAAACCGCCGGCCAAAGUAUCUGAAGAAAACAAAGAAAACGUGCAAAUUAGUAAUAUAAUGCAAAUGAACUCGACAGCUGAAAUUAGUAAAAACGCGCGUAGCAAAGAUAUAACAAUAACAACAGCAAAUAAAACUGAAAAACAUUCAAAACUUGAAAUAAAAGAAAUUAAGUUGCGAACAGAUAAGAGCUUUCUUAAACAAAUUUUCGAGAGUAAGAAAAGGAAUUCCGCUAUAGAUUCAAGCCGAAUUAAAUAUCUACCGAGCAUCAGUGAGUUGGAUAAGCAAGCAGCCGAAAUAAUAGAGGCGAAUAAGGCAUUACGAGCUUCUGAACAAAGUGACAGUUUCAUGGGCAAUGGCUCCAGAUCCACUGAGGAAACUUGGAUUUGCACCACUUGUUUGAGAAAAUAUAAACCUGUUGUUACAUGUUGUAUAUAUUGUGUAAUUCAAGAGAGCUCGAACAACAACAAAAAUAGGAAAAGCGUCCCUAACAAUGCAUCGAAUACAUGUACACAAACAGACGAAAAUGGUCUUAAGUCAAAUCGAGAGAACGGAAAUGAUGAUAAGAAGAAACUGAGAGAAAUGCUUAAAGAAAUGAAAGAUUCUUUACCUAAAAGGCCAAAACACAAUAAAAAAUAUCCCGGCGAUGAUAGAGUUGCUAUCGUUAAACCAACAGAAACGCCAACUCUUCGGAUAGGUUCCACUAUCGAUGAUAAAGUUAAAGGUAGUUUUAUAAAUACUAAUACUCUUGAAGACAAACGCGGGCUUUUGGACUUCAAAAAUAAAGCCAAAGAAUCCUUUCUCACGUCACAACCUUCAUCAUCAAAAGAUUUUCCUAUAAGUGAUACCAGUAAAGUUGCAUACCCGCCGUAUUUCAUUGCCUCUGGUAAUACGUCUCAUAACAUAUCCACAUCGCAAGUUCAAGUACAAUCAAUAAAGGAAUCGCUCGAAGGUAAAAAGCUUUUAAAAUCAAACAAUCCUAAAAUUAAUUCAGCGGUAAAUAAUAAGAAACCGGGGGAGUUUUUAAACGCUAAUUUGAAAGUAACCAACGCAAUUCCUGACUUAGGAAAUAUUAACAAAUGCGAUUCGUCUACACCUAAGAAUGAUAAAAAUAUACAUGAAAAAAAAGAGGAUACAUCAAGUGGUUUUAAUGGAGUAGCAAAGCAAACUUUUAAAGAUAGCAAAGAAAUAUCUACUGUAAAUUUAAUACCACUGGCGAUUAAUUGCACCAUUUUCGAAAAAGAAGCGGAACUUCCAAAAAAGGAUGAAUAUAUAAAUGCUUCAAAAAUAUCUGAUCAAAGAAAUAGUAAUCAGACAACUGUAUUGCAAUUUAAAAAAUGUGAUACUGCUGCUUCCGGGACCAAAGAUAAUAUUGAAAGAAUUCAGUUAGGUAAUGUAUUUUCGUCAAAAGUAGCGAAUAUUAAUGAUACAGAACAUGCUAUAACUUCGAACAACACCAGGAACACGCCUUUAAAAAUAUCAUCGUUACUGAAUCCGCUGUAUUCUCCUAAAUAUAAAGCAACGAAUGAUAAAGUUGCCGACUGCAAUUUAGGCAAUGUUUUAAUAACGCCAGCUACAAAAAUGGAAAGUAACAAAAAAGAGAAAACCUCAGUGAAUCAACCAAAAAUACAACAGACUAAUACAGUGUCUACAACAAUAAACGUGCAGUCUCCAAGUACAUCGAAUACAAAACUUUUGCAUGAAGCUAUUCAAAAAUCAGACGCUUCAACAGAGAAAACACCUCGUGUAAAAAUUUUAGACCACCAUGAUAGGCGUAGGAAUUUGAUCAACCAACUGGAACAAGCAAUAUCAAAAGGAGAUGAACAAUUAGCAGCGGACGCUGCUGCUAAACUAGCUAAACUUAAAUUGGCAUGCUCUGUCUUAUCGUUUUCUUCACAAAUCAUUGCAGAGGCUAUCUUAAACAAGACGGAAAUCUUAGAAGAUGACAUCGCAAGUGAAGAAAAUAACGUGCAUCAAAAUUCUGCGUCAAAUAUAAGAGUUGAUUCAUUGGAGGUGCAAGAAAAAGUUAUAAAAGAUAAAGAGAAACAAGUAAACCAAAAGCCUACAAGUACAGUCCGUAAAGAAAUAAAUAUCUCGUCCGAGGCUAGCACGUCAACAUCUAGCCAAAUCGCAAAUGACGAAAUUCCAAUAGAAGUAUGGAUUGAGGACAUAGAAGCAGCGAGAGGUCCGAUACCAUUGUAUAUUUCAAGAAAAGCGAGAAUGGGAAAACUUAAACGGCAAGUUGAAACUUCGUUGGGUUUAGCAAUUCCCUUGCAACGUUGGAUUGUUGGAAGAACUCUUUGCAUUGAUGAUAAUACACCACUGGUUGCUUUGGCUGGACCCGAUCUUAAAGCGCCAUUUUAUUUAUGUUUGGUUGAAUCUGAAACAAAUAAGGACAACUCACCGCUCAAAGACACUAAAGUGGAGUUGAACGAAAUAAAUAACACUACAUCAGGGGAAUUUUACACAGAAUUAAUUAAAUUGGAACAGCAAGCUUUCGUGCCAAAUGCUGAACAAUUCGAAUGUGGUGUUUGUAUCGAGAAAUGCGCUGUGGGUGCUGGUGUCGUGUUGCGUGAAUGCAUACACACGUUUUGUAGAGAAUGUCUUGUCGAUGUGAUCCGGCACUGUGAAGAGCCGGUUGUAGCUUGCCCCGCCAUCCAGUGCCCUGGGGCGUUGCAAGAACGGGAAAUACGUGCCAUCCUCACUACUGAAGAGUAUGAGCGCUGGUUGGCACGAGGCUUGGCCGCUGCGGAGAGCGGGACUAGAAACACAUUUCACUGUCGCACGCAUGAUUGUAAGGGCUGGGCUUUUUGUGAGCCUGGAGCUCGAAGAUUCCCAUGUCCAGUCUGCAAAUACACAAAUUGUGUACCAUGCCAGGCUGUCCACGAAGGCGAAACCUGUGAACAAUAUCAAGUAAAAUUGCGCAACGCUGUGUCGGAUGCAGAGUCAAAUCAAAACGAUGAGGGCACUCAGGCUUUACUAAAAUCGCUUAUAUCUCGAGGCGAGGCUCUCGAGUGUCCUGAAUGCAGUGCUAUUAUUACUAAGAAAUGGGGUUGUGACUGGAUCAAAUGUUCUGCUUGUAAAACGGAGAUAUGCUGGGUAACCAGGGGGCGUCGGUGGGGCCCAGGCGGAAAAGGGGACACAAGCGGUGGAUGUAGAUGCGGUGUGGAUGGAAAACGUUGCCAUCCCUCCUGCGGCUACUGCCAUUAGAUUAUUUUAUUAAUAACUAAGUUUAUAAUAUGGGGAAUAGGGUGGAAUAGUCCUUACAGAGGACUGAUUACCCACCCUGGCAAUGGAAGAUGUCCCCUCAUUAAAUAUAUAUCUAAGUUCAUAAAGCACAUCAUUGCACACCAUAAAACUAUAAACAUCCAGAGUUCACAAACAUACUCAUUUUUGCUUUCAUUCUAGUCUAGGUCAUUGACACAAAUGAACUGAUAAUAGUGCAGGUCCAUUUCACACAAAUUAAAAAAAACUAAAUUAGCACAGCCUUAAAACAAUGCUGUCCUUUUAUACAAAGAACAGUAAAUAGCACUAUUGUUGGUGCCAUUUUUGUCUGUCCAGUCCAUACACAGGUAAAAAUAAGUCUCAUCAUGCAAGUUAAGUUAGUGAGAUUAUUUAAAUAUGUACCUAUUUUGAGACCUUUUUAUGUGUCUAAAACAGAAUUGCUAUUUAUAUUGUAUUAGCCGAUUUUUUUGUGUGUAUAUAAUAUUAUUAUGCUAUUAAAUUCGUAAAUUUCUGUUACUAUGUACACUGCAAACUGUGGUUUUGGCUAAUAAACAACACAGGCCCAAGUACAGAAGAAGAGAUGGAGAAAUGUACACUAUGAGCGAUCAUAUUAUGAACUGGAAAUGUUACCAUUGUAGUCAACUGUAAUACUAUUUUUUAUUAACUUAAGUAAAAUUAAAAUAGUAAAUAAAUUUUAUUGGCAGA